AGAAUUGCAACCCUAGCCUCAUUAAACGAAACACAGUAACGGCGCUCUCGAUCUCCCUUCUCUCUCCUUCGUCUCCUCCAUGCUCCGACAACGCCGUUCUUCCCUCUUGGCUUCUCCUCUCUCUGCUGGUUACGAUUUCUCUAGCUCCGCGAUCGGGUCUUGUGUUGAAGCAUUCCAUUGAUGUUGGUGUGGGGUGAUUGACGCUGAUCGGAUCUUAGAACAGCACUAUAUUGGACCUAAAAAACCAACCUCUCUUUUCAUCUCCUCAUUUCUCCUUACGAUAACUUCACUUUCUCUUUCCUUAUGUAUUUACUUCGAUGCAUGUGUCAAUGGUUCAAUUGCUGCUACUCUUAUUAUUGUUUUGGAUUUUACUAGUUAAUUCAUCCUGCUAUUUCUUAAUAUAGUGAAUUGAUGAAUGAGUUCAAACUGAAUAAGCUUAGUGAAGUAGGGCUCUGUUCUGUGAUUCUAUUCAUAAUAUCUAUCACUUUAGUUAAUCAUUUCCGCGGUUAGUAAAGAAUUGAGUCACUUAAAUCACAUGAGCUGAUUCCUUGCCUUCUUUUCUUUGGAUUUUGAUUAUAGUACAUGUUAUUAGUUUAAGUUAUUACCCUGUUAAAUUAUUGUAAAACCACUUUGGUUGCUCUAUCUGCAUUUAUAAUCAUGAUUUAGUGUAACCACUUUGUUAUAUUCUAGCAUUUGAAUUCCACUAAAUAUAUUUGAAUCAGAUUAAGCAUCUUGCACUUUUUGGUUUCGGUUUUCAAUACAUAUUUCAGUUUGCACUUACAUAGAAAUUUCCAUUAAAAUCAGAUUAGUUUCAUUCACUUGCUGUGAUUACAUGUUACGUUCGUGUCAAUGUGUGCGUAUUUUAUUUGUAUUUUUCAAGCCAUAAACCGAUUCUUUUGAGAUUCUAUAAAUUUCCAUGAAUUCAAUUAUGCAAAGUUACAAGAUAGAUAAAAAAGAAAUUUCAGCAUUUUACAUAUUAUUAGCAUUCUAUUAUGCCAAAAGGAUCCUUAAUUAAACUUCUGAUUCUACAGCUGAUAGAUUUAUGGUGCAUCUUUAAUUUUUUUCCCCUUGUCUUUGCUCUUGAUCUAUAUGACAAUUUACACAUCUUACUUAUUAAUUGCUACAACAGAUAUUGAAUGAUGACUAAUAGAUAAUUUGUCAAGACAGAUUUAUGUGUUUGUUAAGAAAAGUUAGAGAAUUUCCCUCUCAAUAAAACAUAAUUAAUCUUGACGGAAAGAAUAAAAAUAGUAUACAUGCAUAUGAUAUAUGGCAAAAUCAUACUUAACUUUGAGAUUAAUAAAUAUAUAAACAAAAGAUGAAGCUCUAAGCAUAAUAAGUUUCCACAGGUUAUAUAUUAAUAAUAAUGAAUUCAUGUUACACAAUUCCGAUUUACAUUAUUAUUACAUGCAUUGAGCUUGAACUUAAGAAGCAAUGUCCCCUUUCCAGUCAAACCAAGUUGAUGUUCAUAAUCAUCUUCACUUCCAUCUUUACCCUCAUCACAACCCUUUACCUCAUCAUUUUCAGAAUAAGGCCCCAUUUGCAGCUGCUGCUGAUGAGAUCCUUCAAUGGCAGCAGCAUAAUAAAACUUGUUCAUCCUAUAGAUCUCCUCUACUGUACAAUGCCUUGCAUCAGCUAAAAUAUCUGCUAUUGAUCGUUUCUUGCAUCUCCCUCUACGCCUUCUGCAUUUAUCUUUCACUCCUUUAUUAGACAAUAAUGAUGCCAUUGUUGGACUUGGACUAGUUUUAUGAACAUGAAUUGAUGAACUUAUUGGUUGGAUAUCAAGUACUUCAUCAUCUUCUGCUACAUUAUUAGUGACAGGAACAAUGCAAUUAUUGUAUUGAUUAUCAUUAUUCCCCUCUUCAUCAUCAUGAAAUGAGGUGCCAUAGUCAUUAUUCGUACUUUUGUUUUUGUUUUUUCUUAUUUGCUGGUUCAAUUUUUAAGGCGCAGUUUCUGGAUUAAAAUAGUUCUCAAAGCACUCCAUUUUAUUCCUUAUUCACAUGUUAGGCCUCUUUUUAAUUCACAUAGCUUAUUUUUGCUGACCCAUUUUUAUAUUUUAACUUUAAUUUUAGUGUGUUUGUAGCUGCUAUUGUCAAUUUUCUUGAAACCCAAUUCAGGACUUACUUGUUAUGUAUGCUUUACUAAUGCUAAUCAUGCUUUUGUGUUUCAGCUCUUCACAACCAUCACUGUUAAUGAGCCUGCUCCUGGUCUCAAACCAUCAUUAACUAAUUAAUUUUUAUUUACUUGAACAAGUGGCUUUUGUGUAAUGAGCCUGCUCCUGCUAAUCAUGCUUUUGUGUAACAAGUGGCUUGAUUCCUGCAUGUUCAGCUAGUGCCUUUAUGCACUGAUCUUGACUCAUAUGAAAUAGCAAGCAUCUCUCUAUAAGAUUCUGAACCUGCAUUAUUAUUAUUUUCCAUGCAUGUCAAUAUAAAAUAACUAGUACUAAAUUAGAACAAAUGUCCAGAAUGUACACAAAUAACUAGUUCAGUUUUGUCUCUGGUGUUGUAGGGACUGACGUACUUGCAAUUGGUUCUGAGCUCUCUUACGACACCAAAAUUGGGGAGUUCACAAAAUACAAUGCUGAAGUGAACUUCACCAAAGCUGACUUGGUUGCCUCUUUGACUGUAGUAAAGGACCGACAAGGACUGAGAGGGAAUUAACAACACUUGAGAGUAUUGAGUUGUACUUCUACUGAUUCCCCAGAGGAGCUCUACAUGGUUUUUAUUUAAUGGAUUUACAAUUUGAGAAGAUUGAAGCACAUAGCAGCCAACAACCGAUGGAAUCAACUGUUAAUUCUCCUCUUGAUGCUCUUGGAGUAGUUUUUGGGAAAGAGCACCCUGGUCGUGUUCGAGGUUUAGGUAUGGGAGCUGUUCCAACAAUUGCUUUCAAGAACAACACUACAAGGAUUAGUCAAAUGAAUUUAGAUUCUUCAAAUGAUGCUGGCACAUCAUCUACUUGUGGUCCAAAUGUGCAAGAAGAGUUGGAUACCGUUAAAGCGCAAUUGCAAGCGCUAGUCUCCUAUAUUGCUUCUAAGGAAGGAGGUAAAAUUCCAGUACAAUUGGCUGGAAUGUUCCCUACUCAACAAAUCUCACAGGGAUUGGAUCAGGAGAGUGAGAUUCCAUCACCAAAAGAGUUAGGAAGUAGGUCUUCUGGAGCAAGCAACAAGGAAGCAUGACCUUGCUUAAUAUGUUAAGACGUAUAUUAAGAAUUAUAUGUUAAGACGUAUUAUUGAAAAAUGUUACUUUGACCUUUGUUUUUGGAUUAUGACAUUUUAAUUAUGACUUGGAUUAUGACUUUUGGAUCAUGUAUGAAUUAAAAAUCAUCAUCUUAUGGUUA